UGGGAUCUUUAUAAAUCGUAAUAAAAAAAAAGUCAAGAGAACGGAAAAGUUUUAGAUUUUCUUCUUUCUAUAAUAAAGAAAUUAAUAAAAUAUUAAAAAAUUUAAUUAAAAAAAUCAGUCAUCGUAAAAAAAAAGAAAAGGAACACAACAACAUCAACUGUGCAAUGAAGUGGGCAGAAGAACUUGAUAAUUAAACGCCUAGCAAAAAGCAUGAAAAAGUCGCAGGUGGACAAACAAGAGUCUUUGAAGCGUAAAAACAGCAAUUAAUCGUUGAAAAGGUGCGAAUUCCUAGGCAAAAUACAGGUCGCUAGGUGUAUGUUUAGAUUGUAUUAUGCGGUUUUAUUUAUAUGUUUUCUUUUGUAGAAAAUGGCGGUCGGGAUGAAACGGAAAAUGAUUGUGGUUCCAUUAAAGCAUCUAAUAAAUCGUCGAAGAAGCCUAGAAAGGCCAGAACCGCCUUUACCGAUCAUCAAUUGAACGAAUUAGAAGCGAGUUUCUCAAGACAAAAAUACCUCAGUGUUCAAGAUCGAAUGGAAUUGGCAUCUAGAUUGAAUCUCUCCGAUACACAAGUCAAAACUUGGUACCAAAAUAGAAGAACAAAAUGGAAAAGGCAAACAGCAGUUGGACUGGAACUACUCGCUGAAGCUGGAAAUUUAGCUGCUGUGCAACGUCUAGUUCAUUCAAACUCAUCUUAUUGGUCAGCUUACUUACCCCCUCCAGGUGGAGCUGCUGGAGGAGGAAUAAUGUCGAAUUUGGACGCUCUUUACUCAAGGGGGACGGCUUGUCCAGCGCCACCUAGGCCAUUUAUACCCAGAUUGUUUAUACAAGGCCUACAGCAACACGUCAAUCAUUUACCUCCCAGUUUGCCGCAUUCCGAAUCAAAUUCUUGA